AUGCUACUUAAUGUCGAAGGAUCGGUCGUGGUGUCGUCACUGAUCCACACAUCAGCCUUGGCUGUCAUCAAUCUAAACCCAGGAAAAAUAGCAACGCCAUCUAGAUUUUACCUUCCCAAGCCACCCUGCAGUGUAAUUCCUUUGUUUUACAGUAUUUUUCCCGACAAAAACACGAGGCCAGUUUACGAGGUCAUGGACGGGAACGACGAACAUCCGAGGCCCAUCCAUCAGCGGGUGCCGAUCCGGGAUAUCGACGAUAUAAAUCCCGAAAAAUUUACGAGGAAUCCACGAGUCCAGCUCGGAGAGUCUGAUUGGAGAAUCCGAAAAACCAACAAAAACUAUCCUCUGGCCGUGAGCCCUCUGCUGUCUCAAUACGGCAACGGAUACCCGGCUAUCAAUAGCGCGAACGUCAACGUAGACACGCCGCGUGUUUACUCGUACAUCACGGUAAACAACAUCCACAAUAACCGGCCAUUUGGUCAAUAUAAGUGGACACACGGUUUUGAUUCAGAUCCUUCUGGAAAUGAUUCGCGAUGA